AUCCCCCAGCCGAAAAUGGACGCCACCACCGCCGCGGCCGCGAGGCGCCUCCCCCUCCCGCUCCGCGCGGCGCCGCCGCCGCGGUGCGCGGUCUCCGCGCGCUCCCGGCGAAGAUCCGGGCCCGGGCGACGGGUCCGGGCCUCCCCGGCCCGCGCGUCGCUCGACCGCGCCGCGGUCCUGCUCGACGCCGCGGCGGUGGUGGCGGGCGGCGGGACCGGGUACUCGCAGGCGAGCUACUACACGUCGCUGGGGCUCUUCGUGCUCUCCGUGCCGGGGCUGUGGUCGCUCAUCAAGCGCUCCGUCAAGUCCAAGAUUGUGCAAAAGACAUUUGUCAAAGAGGGAGCGCAGUCGAUGGCGCCAAAUCAGGUGGCUGGAGAGAUCCUGUCGUUCUUCACCCGCAACAAUUUCACUGUCUCAGACCGCGGUGAGGUUAUCACCUUUGAGGGCACGAUGGUACCAAGCAGAGGACAAGCGGCGUUGCUGACCUUCUGCACCUGCAUUAGCCUCGGGAGCGUUGGGCUUGUUCUAUCAAUCGCUGUCCCAGAAGGUGGCAACAACUGGUUCUGGCUUAUGACCCUAAGCCCCUUGGCGGGAGUGUACUACUGGACAAAAGCGUCAAGGAAAGAAGAGAUCAAGGUCAAGAUGAUCCUGUCCGAUGAUGGGAAUGUAUCUGAGAUCCUUGUGCAAGGUGACGAUGUCCAAGUUGAACAGAUGAGGAAGGAACUCAAAUUUAGCGAAAAGGGGAUGAUAUAUGUGAAGGGCAUCUUUGAAACAUGAUAACCAGGAGUAUGAUUUCUGGAACCAUAAAUUGGUGACUAAUCUUUGCCGUGGUGUGAACAGCGAAAACCAGGUGAGGGGAUGCAUAUUCGACGGGCAAAUCUGUACCUUGGCUUAUAGAAAAGAACUGAUCUUCGUACAGGAUUUGAUUGUUAUGAGUGUUGCAAAUGUGAGGAUGGUUAAUGUAUAAACUUAACAUUGUAAAAAAGUUGUGGAGAAACACGUUUUUGAGAAUGAAAAUAAUAGUCCUUUUAGGGGAGAAAGAAUUAACUGGAAAUGUGGCUGCAACUUAAAAGUCACACGAUCUCCAGUUUCGAGCUUGCUCUUCAUGUUGUAGUGGGGAGGGUGGUAUGUCAUCCAAUUGCUACCUGAUACUUGGGUGUUGACUUCAA